UUUUCUGUUAACAAAAAGUAAAAUAUCAGUUACCAAACAUUAUUUGUUUUUCUGAAUCAAAGCUAGCAAAUCUACCGAAUAACUUAAGGGUCAAUUGUGAAUAAACUUUUACUUCUCGCGUUUAGCUGGCCAUAUGUCUAUAGUAUGGUUUGAUAGCAUAAGUCGCCAGCGUUUCUCAUGCAAGAGGCCUUGUGAAAACAAUAAUUUUUGUAAUAAAAAACGGAAGAAUUACAGGCAUACACCUAUAUCUAGGAAAUCCCAGAUAACUCAGUCAUCUGGCCCUAACAGUGUUACUCAGAGUCCUUACGUUGUGGCUCCAUCUAUCCAAAAAUUACGUGAAAAUAUCUUGAAUGCCUAUGUAGUCAAAGAAACAGAGAUGAUAGCAUUUUUCCAUUUGUUGGAGGAUACCACAAUUAAAAAGUUUCUUGCCUUCGAUAUGUGCUUCAAAUGUGCAGACAAUUUCUCAAUCGCCUAUGUGUUCGCCUAUUUUAAAAGAUGUAAUCUUUCAAUUCAAGAAUAUAAUAGAAUGAAUUUUUUUUGCUGUCUGUAUCUUGUACACGAUAUAGAAGAAGAUGAUAGUGACCAUAAAUAUGAAAUUUUUCCAUGGGCUCUGGGUUCCUUUUGGCGACAGAAACUGCCAAGUUUUUCUCGACAGAAAGAGGCUUUAUGGGCUAGAAUGGGUUAUCGAGCUGUGGUUAGUUAUAGGUGCUGCAAAGAAGUAUGUUUGGUUUCGUUUUCUACUUUGACGAAGCUAAUGAGUAUUUUUCCAUCACAUCCUGUGUGGAGCCGAAACAGACUUCCGCAUCAUGGAGGUGCUAUUCGAUCCUAUCUAAAGGCAAGUGAUUCAAAUAUCCCACAGGGUCCGAACUCUCUCCCAAGGUACAGACCACCAACAAAAAUGACAGAUUUUGAUACCAUAUUCGUUUUGUAGACUAUGUGACGCCUGUAAGCUGUUCUACACAAGGAACACUGUUCCCGAAUGUUUAAUUGCAAGCGAAAACCUCAUCACCCCGGAAAAUUCCCCAAACCUAAAUGACUCAGCUUUCCAUAGUCUGUUUGAAGACAAUUCGUGCAGCAGCUUUAGAAACGAGAAUGGAUUAAACAUCAAUACUGGGUUUCAACCAUAUGAUUCAUGCUGUAAUGAAAGUUGGCUCUCUCAAGAAACAUACUGUUAUGAGAGAACUAUUUCUGGUGCUGAAAACGAAUAUUGCCUUACGGACGAAGAAUAAAACAAGGCAAACUGAUGAAAGACAUAAUUCUCAGUUUUAAAAACUUACGGUCAUGUUGUAAAUAUUUUGUAUGCGCCAUGCACUGUAACAUUUUAAGUAACUGAUUCGAAAAUUUGAAAAUUAAAAAC